AUGGGCGACUCUAGUAAGCCUUUAAAAUAUGUCGAUAUUGGGAUCAAUCUCAGCGAUCCCGUUUUCAGAGGGGAAUACCAUGGACGACAAGUCCAUGACAGUGACCUAGACGAUAUCAUCCAGCGUGCUCGGGAUGGCGGUUGCGAGAAGUUCAUGGUCACCGGCUCGGAUCUGGAGGAGUCUCGGCGUGCUAUUGAACUUGCUCAGGCCUACCCGGGCUUCUGCUAUGCGACGGUCGGAGUACAUCCAUGUCAGGCAAAACUAUUUGAUGAGUAUCCCGAGGGUGCUUCAAAAAUGCUGGACAAAGUGAAGACUAUGGCGCUGGAGUCAAAACAGGCCGGACACGCCGUUGCAUUUGGGGAGAUCGGUCUCGACUACGAUCGCCUGUUCCUCAGUCCCAAAGAACCUCAACUCAAAUAUUUCGCCGCCCAGUUAGAUCUGGCGGUGGAGAUCCAGCUUCCUCUUUUCCUCCAUUCCCGAGCAGCCAGUGAGGAUUUCGAGCAGCUACUAGCGCCUCGCCUGGCGAAACUUCCCAAACGGGGUCUGGUGCACAGCUUUACGGGCACGCUGGAAGAGAUGAACCGUAUGGUGGCCAUUGGUCUCGACAUCGGGGUCAACGGGUGCAGUUUGAAGACCGAGGAAAACCUAGAAGUGGUCAAAUCCAUUCCGCUUGACCGAAUCCAGAUCGAGACAGAUGGUCCUUGGUGCGAAAUCCGACCUUCCCACGCAUCGGCCAAAUACUUGGAAGGGGCAACGGCGCUCCCCAAGACCGUCAAGAAGGAGAGAUGGCAGAAGGGAUGCAUGGUCAAGGGUCGCAACGAGCCUGUGGCAAUAUCUCAUGUCGCCCAUGUCAUCGCCAAAGUUAAGGGCAUCACCGUGGAGGAGGUGUGCGAAGCUGCGUGGAACAACUCUAUUCGAAUGUUCGGACUUGGCGAAGAAGCGUCGUAG